GUCAUUUCUGACAGUAAACAAUGCUAUGGGGUGCUCUGCUGCUGCUCCCUCAUGAAACUGCAACUGCAGCCAGCUGUCAGAAUUAUUUUGGCUGUGCUUCAGAAGAAGACUCCCACCUAUUCAUCCUGGACUCUCUUCACCUCGAGGGAAAAACAUCUUGGUUCCCGAGAUGCCUGACGCUGUGCAAGGAGUUUACAUUGCCUUCGAGGCUGUGAUUGCAGUGCUGGCUAUCCUGGGCAAUGUUCUGGUCAUUUGGGUCGUGAAGCUAAACCCAGCCUUUCAGAAGACCACCUUCUACUUUGUUAUCUCGCUGGCCCUGGCUGAUAUUGGUGUUGGCCUCGUCAUGCCACUGGCUAUCGUAGUCUGCUUACAAAUCGAGAUCCACUAUUAUGCCUGUCUUUUCAUGUGUUGUCAACUCAUGAUUUUUACUCAGGCCUCCAUCCUGUCCUUGCUCGCCAUAGCGAUCGACAGAUAUCUGAGAUUACGGCUGCUUACUCGGUGAGUUCUACUUUGUCAGCGACUUUUUUCUCAGGGGUGGUUUGCACACUACUGUUUAAAUGCUUGGGUGAUAUAGAAGCAAGAGAUUUUAAGGACUAAUGGAAGUAGCCUUACACUGAAUCAGAUUGUUAGUCUCAGUAUUGCUUGCACUGACUGGCCGUGGCUCACCAGAGUUUCAGACUUGGGUUCUCUGCCAGCCCAACUUGAAGAUGCUGCGUAUUGAAUCUGGCACCUGGUGUGUAGAAAGCAGACGCUCUUCCACUGAGCUGCUGGCCUUCCCCCUGGUUUGCCUUUUGUGUUCCACCUGCUUUUUGCGGAUGACUGCUGAUUUUUCAGCUGGGUUAAAUAUAUACAGUGGUACCUUGGGUUACAUAUGCUUCAGGUUACAUACGCUUCAGGUUACAGACUCCGCUAACCCAGAAACAGUGCUUCAGGUUAAGAAUUUUGCUUCAGGAUGAGAACAGAAAUUGUGCAGCGGCAGCAGGAGGUCCCAUUAGCUAAAUUGGUGCUUCAGGUUAAGAACAGUUUCAGGUUAAGAACGGACCUCCGGAACAAAUUAAGUUCUUAACCCUAUGCUCCUUCAAUACAGUUCUAAAAUCAACAUACAGAGGUGAUUUUAGAACUCUUUUGAAGGAGCAUAGUUCUUAACUCUUCAGCUUGGCUUUAAAUUAAAUAAUAUGAAUACUGUUGCCAAUAUAAGAAUCUUGUUCAAAAGGGUGCCAUAACUUUCAUUUCUGUUUUGCUGUUCCCCAUAUGAUAGAAAGCUUAUGCAUUUUGUUUAAUAUGCCAUGCAAAGCAUAGUGUAGCCUGAGGUUUUAAGCAAACAUUUGCAAUUGUACCAUUUAGAAAAUUUCUAAAAAUAAAAAAGGCAUGAUAAAUAUGAUGCAUAGCAUGCAUGGCUGCAUUGGAAUAACCCAGUCGUGCUCAGACAGAAUAUGCAAUUCCUUUGGGUUGUUUAAAAAAUAUAUAUUAAAAAAUCCAUCACUUCCAAUAGAGAUUAAUGGUUACAUUCAGAUGUACAGCCCCCCACAAUUAUUUAUAUGAAGACAAAUAUAUCCAGCAUUCCAAUAGUUCUAUAAAGGAUAGGGUUCUGGUUAGUUUCCAGUUUAAGUAAUAAUUCCAAAGAAUCUUUAUCCAAUUUCCUGGUAAAGCGUUUGAAACAGAGGAAGUUGCUUUAUACUGAGUCAGACCAUUGGUUAUCUAUUUCAGCACUGUCCUCACUGACUGGCAGCAGCUGUCCAGGUUUUCAGGUGGGCGUCUUUCUCUCUGGAGAUGCCAGACGUUGAACCUGGGACCCCUGCAUGCAGAUUUCCUGCCACUGAGCUACAACCCUUUGGUCCAGAACUUCUCUGUGUCAGCUUUUCCAUUAGUGCCAAUAUUUUUCAGUUCAGCUACUGAUUGAUUGUGUGACUGCAGUUCAGCUACUGAUUGUGUGACUGCAGUACAUUGUUUAUUGCUUUCAUUUUAUGGAUCAAUGGUCUUGUUAGAUAGUAAAAUUCCUGUUAAAUUUCUGUUUUAGGGGUUGUUUUUAAAAGUCUGAAAUGGAUUAAUCCAUUUUGCAUUACUUUCUAUGGGAAAGCCCGCCUUGGUUUUGGAACGGACUUCUGGAACCGACUAAUUUUGAGAACCAAGGUACCAUUGUAGUCCUGCUUUGGGAGUGGAGGACACAAAGCAAAAUCAUUAUCCUCCUCUUCACUAAAACGGCUUUCUGUUGGUCUCUCUGAUAAAGCCACAGUCCGUAUCACGGUUUAAACAUAGCCACUUUAAAGUAUCUGUUUCAUUUUUGUUUUUGUUGUUAAGUACAGUGGAACCUGGUGUUAUGUACCGUCCUCCUUACGAAUGCUUUGGGUAAUGAGCUCCUCUAACUUGGAAGUAGAUGCCCCUUAUUGCGAACUUUGCCCUGGGAUGCGAGUGGAAGUCACAUGAUGGUGGCAUGGCAGCAGCGGGAGGCCCCAUUGGCGAAAGCGCGCCUCAUGUUAAGAACAGUUUCAGCUUAAGGACGGACCUCUGGAAAGAAUUAAGUUCAUAACCGGAGGUAGCACUGUAUUGCUAUUUAUUGAAAACCAAGUUAGUAUAUGCAAAAUGCUCCAGAUCAGCAAAAUGCUGUCAAUAAAUUGAGCCGGAUAGUCUCACAUUUUAUACAGCUUGCCCUUAAAAACCCCCAGUAACAAUAAAAAGGAAACAAAAGAAAAACGGCACAAUUAAAGCAAAAAGGGGGGGCGCUAUAAGGAAAUAAGACUACCAACAUUAGAAUCUCUUGCACAUUUGAUGCAAGUUUGUUUUUCUCUCCUCAAAACAGGUAUAGGGUGCAAAGCAGUCGGAAAAAAAUCUGUGGGGCUCUGGCAACAAUCUGGCUCUUGUCGCUGCUGGUGGGAUUUGUUCCGUUUGGAUGGGCAGAACCAAAACCAGAAAACUCUGAUUUCAUUAACUGUACCUUCACAAAUGUGAUAAAAAUGGACUACAUGAUAUACUUGAGCUUCUUUGCCGGAACCCUCAUCCCACUGAUUGUCAUGUGCAUCCUUUAUGCAAAGAUCUUCUGCCUCAUCCGCACAAAGCUGCAGCCCUGUUCAAUGAAUGUCAACGGGCAAAGGUCAUUUUAUAGGCAGGAGUUCAGAACAGCCAAGUCAUUGGCUCUGGUCCUCUUCUUAUUUGCUGUUUGUUGGCUGCCACUGUGCAUUCUGAACUGCAUCGAGCAUUUGGGCCAAAUACAGAACUUUAAGCUUUUCACAUACAUGGGCAUCCUUCUCACGCAUUCCAACUCGGUCAUGAAUCCCAUCGUCUACACUUUCAGGAUAAAGAAGUUCCGGGAAACUUGCAUCCAGAUUUUAAGAACCUAUAUCGUGCACAAGGAUCCAGAAGAUGCUACAUCGCCCAGUGCAACUACAUCUGAACACUCAUAGCUGCCUCAUGCAGAUGGCCUUGUCUAGCUUUAUGUCUUCUGCCCUAAGAUACAAUAAAGUUACUGACAGGGGAGCUAUUGCUUCCCGAGACUUUAUGUAACAGUUGUUUUGGUCUGAAGCAAUCAAGAGAACUUUUCAGAAACAAACUCUACCCCUUGCUAAUGCCUGCUGUUCACUGCUGUAGCAUCCAGUAACACAGCUGGCAGUCCGAGGUUCUGUCAACCUACAUCUGCUGUGUUCUGGUUCUACAUAUACAUUUUGGCCGAGCAAGCAGUCAAAGAUGUGCCAGUAUUGGCACAGUGUGUCAAAUGUACAUAUUCAAUAAACCAUUUCCAAUCUUUUAUAAAGUUUGUCAUGAUUUCUUAUUUUUCCAGUAAGUUUCACCAUUUCUGCAUAUUCCAUGAGUUUUUGUAUCCAAUCUUCUUUCAUCGGGACUUCUUAUUUUGGGCAAAUAACAUUCUUGCCACUGUAGUCGCAUACAUGAAUAAAUUCCUAUACUCUUUAGGUAGUUCUACCCCUAGAAUUCCCAGGAGGAAAGCUUCUGGUUGUUGUUUUUACGAAUGUUAUUUUAAACAUAUUUUUCAAUUCAUUACAUAUUAUUUCCCAGUAAACUUUAACCUUACUGCAAAGACCACCACAUAUGCUAGAAAGUACCUUCUUUCUCUUUACAUUUCCAAUACUUACUUGAUUUUGAUUUAUAUAUUUUUGCCAGUUUACUCGGUAUUGAGCGCCGCAACCCCAGUCGGCCGCGACUGGAUCUAACGGUCAGGGGUCCCUUUACCUUUUUUAUAUAACAUUUUCAGUUUUCUCUUAAACCAUAGCAUGCUGUAAAUUUUAUAUCCGUAUUCCACAAUCAUUCCCAUGCUUCCAUAUCUAUAUUGUAUCCAAUAUCUAUUACCCAGUGUAUCAUUGAAGAUUUUACUUGCUCAUCCUGUUGUCCAAUCCAAUAGUAUCUUAUACAUUUUGGACAGCACUUUAAUAUUAAAUUCCAACAGAUCUGUUUGUGUUAUUUGUUCCCCAAACCCUCAUUUCUUAUGUCUUAAAUACUUUAUUCAAAUAAUAUUGUAUCCAUGUGAACUUUCCUGAUUAAAUCCUUAAAUUCUUUUAUUUUAUUAAAAUGAUACCAUCACUGCUAAAACUCUUCUGUUUUGAAAGAUGUACUCUGCUGCUUUGAUCUCUAUUGACAGGCGUCAUGGCCAAUGCUAUGAUGAAGCAUCAAAUGUUGCUGAAUGUCUCAGUGGAAAGCAGGCUCUUGUAAAGGUAGGCACAGCCAUGAGUACUGUAUGUUGGCUGUCUAAACGUGCUGUGAACUUAGUGGUACAGGAUGUGUCAGAAGAUGUUGCUAUGUGCAGAAAUUUUCUGAGUGAAAUACCUGACACGAUCACUUUUCUGAGUGAAAUACCUGACACGAUCACUACGAGGACAGACUUUGCCCGUGUGCUCAAGACAUCGAUUCCAUAAAACAUAUUUUGUUGCAUUGUGCAAAAUAUGAGCAAGCCAGGGCUGAACUGAUACUACACUUGCUGGUACCUUUCCCGGGAAAAUCAGAGGCUCACUAUGUCAGGUUCCUAUUGGAAGACUGGAAAAAUGCUAGAACAUUAGCAGUGGCAAAGUUUUUAUCGGUGGUUGCAAGAACCAAUGAUCCAUAUAUUCUGAACAAAAUGCUUGUUUAACCUGGAGGUAGGCUGUAUGAAUUGUGUAUUGCUUUGUAACGAUUUGUUGGGUCUCUGGACCCUAAUAAAGAUUGAUGAUUUGUAUAAACUU